UGUCAAAAAAGAGUGGAGAGGCGUCACAGGGUUCGGGGGUUGUGAGCUGUUACAUUUGUCAAAGGAAAACAACAAGCGGUGUAGCCGGUAGCGAGAGAGAGACACAGAGAGAGAUUGGAUUGUAAAUUGAGAGAGAAUUGAUAAAAUGCUGCUGCGAAUCCGGCCAGCAGCUGCAGCUGCUCCAUCUCUCCGGCGAAUCUCCUCCACCUACUCCGCUCGUUCGUCAUUUUCAAUCUCAUCCUCAAGUUCACCGUAUGCCUUGUUCCCCCCAACUAAUAUCUUCACAGCUCAUUCCCUUCACUCCACCACCAAUCUCUCUGCUAUACACAAGAGAUACUGCACUACAGAAUCCACAACAGCACAAAUUGCACCAGACACACCACAAGAAUCCGAAAUCAUAUUCGUAGGAACAGGAACUAGUGAAGGCAUUCCGCGCGUUAGUUGUCUCACCAAUCCUUACAAAAAAUGCGAGGUGUGCUCCAAAGCUGCUAAUCCGGGCGACAAGAAUAAGAGACUUAACACCAGCAUUCUCAUUCGUUAUUCCCAGCCCGCUGGAAAUCUUAAUAUUCUUAUUGAUGCUGGCAAGUUCUUUUACCAUAGUGCUCUACGAUGGUUUCCUACAAUUGGGAUAAGAAAACUCGAUGCAGUUCUUAUAACCCAUUCUCAUGCUGAUGCAAUUGGAGGUUUGGAUGAUCUUCGCGAUUGGACAAACAAUGUCCAGCGUAAUAUUCCAAUCUAUGUAGCAAAUCGCGAUUUUGAGGUGAUGAAGAAGACUCACUAUUAUUUGGUUGAUACAAGUGUUGUCACACCUGGAGCUGCAGUCUCAGAUUUACAAUUUAAGAUUAUAAAUGAGGAGCCUUUUGUUGUAUAUGAUAUUAAGUUUACACCGCUUCCAGUGUGGCAUGGCAAAGAUUACCGAUCCUUGGGUUUCCGAUUUGGCAAUAUUUGCUACAUCAGUGAUGUCAGUGAAAUACCCGAAGAAACUUAUCCACUUUUAAAGGACUGUGACCUCCUCAUUAUGGAUGCUUUGAGGCCAGAUCGAUCUUCUGCAACACAUUUUGGACUUCCCAGGGCGUUGGAAGAAGUUCGAAAAAUUCAACCCAAGAGAACACUAUUUACUGGUAUGAUGCAUUUAAUGGAUCAUGAGAAAAUAAAUGAACAACUCAUAAAACUGAAGGACAGUGAAGGCCUAGAUGUGCAACUCAGCUACGACGGGCUUCGUGUACCGGUAACUUUAUGAUAGUAGCCUUUUAGAUUUUCACAGGUUACUUUUUUUCCUUUUUAAAGUGCAAGUAGCCAAGUAGGUAACUAUAUCUUAUAGAAAUUUUAUAAAUCAAACACCAAUUGCCACCGCCCAUUGUAUUUACCUGUAUAAAUUAUUCUUUCAAUUAUAUGAUCAAACAUUGGUGUUAUAUACAA